AGUCGCAAGUUGUUUUCACCUGGCCGCCGUGCAAAGAGUGGAGAGGAUAUAUGGAAAGAGGCUGGCAGUCGACAGACGCCAUCGGCAUGGAACCCAUAGACAUAGUGCGCCUGGAGGAGGCUGUCGUGGCCUUCUACCGCUCCAACUCACAGGACCAGGCGAUCACCCACGAGUGGCUCAUAGAUGCCGAGACCAGUCCGCAGGCCUGGCAAUUUUGCUGGCAGCUGAUGCAGCUUGGCAAGAGCCAGGAGGUUCAGUUCUUUGGCGCCAUUACCCUGCACUCGAAGCUGAUGAAGCACUGGAAUGAGGUGCCGCCGGAGAACCGAGAGGAGCUGAAGCAGAAGAUCCUCGAGACGAUCGUAAGGUUCGCCGGCGGUCCAAAGAUCGUCCUAAACCGGCUGUGCAUCUCCCUCGGUGCCUAUAUCGUACAUAUGCUGGACGAGUGGCCCUGCGCCAUCGAUGAGGUAAUCAACACGUUCCAGAACCAGCAAAUCCCAAAUAUCUGCCCCGAUGUGCAGCUGUGGAUUAUGCUGGAGGUGCUGCAGGCCAUUCCAGAGGAGGCUCAGAUUAUUCACACCUCUGUUCAGCGAGUAACGCUGCGAGCGGAGAUCGGUAAGCGGGUUCCGGUUGUCCUUCAGACCGCCGAGGAGUAUUUGAAGAUGAAGAUGAACCGCCAAUGGGAUGCGGAGACCUACAGCAACAUGAACAGGGCCGUUAAGUGCGUCGGCACGUGGAUUAAAAACAUUGGGUAUUCUAUUGAGGGAUGCGUAAGCAUCACAGCCGUCCUGCUGGAGGUGGUGCACAAGUGCUACUGGCCGUGCAUUCGCGCUGGCGAUGGCUGCAUGUCCGCUGACGAGAACGAGCUGGCCGAGACCUGUCUGAAAACAAUGGUCAGCAUAAUCAUUCAGCCGGACUGCCACAACUAUCCGAAAUCGGCGUUUGUACUAAUUAAAAUGUUUCUCGACUCGCUCUGCGACAUCACAAAAAUGGAGUGGAAGCGCGACAACGACAAUGAGGACAUUAUAGUCCACAUAUACAUGUUGUUUGUAUCCUCAGUGGAACGGCACUCGUUGCUGCUACUCAGCGGAAUCACGUCGAACGAUCCAGAGCUCUCCAUGCUGGUACACCGUAUCGUUCAGGAGAUUCUGCACUGCACCGACAAGCCGGGGAUCUAUCCCGUGGAGGAGUCAUGCAGCACCAUGGCCCUGGCCUUCUGGUACAUGCUGCAGGACGAGGUCUUCGCCAUGCCCAUCGAAGAGCAGAAGCUCAAGUGCUGGGAGUAUAUAAAGCCAUUGUACGCCCACCUAACUAGCAUUUUGGUGCGGAAAUCGGAGCAGCCGGAUGAGAAAUCCCUCGACAAGUGGAACUCUGACGAUUUGGAGUGUUUCCGAUGCUACAGGCUGGAUAUAUCUGAUACAUUUAUGUCCUGCUACGAUGUACUGCACGGCUAUAUUUUGGAAAUCCUAGCCGCCAUGUUGGACGAGGCUAUUGCCGAUUUACAAAGACACCCGACGCACUGGACAAAGCUGGAGGCCUGUAUCUACUCCUUUCAAUCGGUGGCCGAUCACUUUGGCGGCGAGGAGUCGCGUCAGAUACCGAGGCUCAUGCGGGUGCUGGCCGAGAUACCGUACGAUAAGCUAAACGUUAAGCUACUGGGCACAGCGCUGGAGACAGUUGGCUCUUAUUGCAAUUGGCUAAAGGAGAACCCCACCUACAUCCCAUCAGCCAUCAAUCUGCUAGUGCGCGGCCUGAACUCGUCGAUGUCGGCUCAGGCCACAUUGGGUCUCAAGGAGCUGUGCAGGGUCUGUCAGCUGCAGAUGAAGCCUUAUGCCGAGCCACUGCUUAACGCUUGCCACGCCUCCCUAAACACGGGACGUAUGAAGAACUCAGAUUCGGUGCGGCUAAUGUUCAGCAUCGGAAAGCUGAUGAGCGUGCUGCCGCCCGAGGACAUACCUAGGUACUUGGACGUAAUUGUCAGUCCGUGGUUUGAGGAGCUGCAGGCCAUUUGCCAAGAGGAGACGAAAACUCCUUCGGCUCGGAUUCGCACCAUAUUCCGGUUAAAUAUGAUAUCGACUCUAUUCUCAUCCGUUAACACGGAUAUGGAUGAUGAGCCGCCGAUUGUCCAGCCCGUUCUGCUGGUCAUGCAGCGAACAAUGCCAAUCUUCAGGAGAAUAGCGGAGAUGUGGGUGGAGGAGAUUGAUGUCCUAGAGGCUGCCUGCAGCGCCAUGAAGCAUGCGAUUAUGAAUUUAGGGAGCAGCUUUCAACCGAUGUUGCAGGACCUUUGUGUUUUUAUUGUGGCCAGUUUCCAGACCCGAUGCUGUGCACCCACACUUCAGAUUUCAAAGACGGCCAUCGUCAUGUUCUUCAAGGAAGAGGGCUGCAAGCAGUUAAUGCAACAGCUAUUAAGAGAGUUCAUUCAGCACAGCUUCAAGCAUUUUGAAAACACUCCGGAGCAGAACUUCUCAAACAUUUCUGACACUAUGGAGACCUUUUUUGGCUGUCUGUCUCAGAUCGUAAAGAAGAUUCCGCAGGCCUUGGAGGACAAGACGCUGGCCUACGAUCGGCUUAUCUUUUACGCUCAGCGGGGCAUGACGCUGCCGGAGAGUGGUGCCAUUCGUAACAGCAUCCAGUUUCUCACGCACUUUGUGAUGCAAUCGCGCAAUCAUGCCCAUAUCACCGAGGUCGUGCUGGCCACGGGUGAACAGACUCUCUACACGGCCAUGAUGUGUGUGGGGUAUCUGACGCCACGAUCGCAAGUUGACAAGUUUGCCGACAUCCUGUUGGCCAUGAACAAGAUGUAUCCUGCAGAAAUGGCUGUCUGGAUGAAGUCCCUGAUGGCGACACCUAAUUUCCCCACCCAGCUUAUUACGGAUUCGGAGAAGGCGCGUUACACAGCUCUAAUAGUCAAAAUUAAAACCAACUAUUACCUUUUUUUUGACUCCGAAAGGGAAAAGGUCAACAAGCGACUUCUGCAGCAGCAUCUAUCAGAGAUGGCUAUUAAGACGCGAGGACUUGCCGAGAAGUUUCAGUGAAUUAAGUAGCACAAUAAGUGGCCAACUCGUCCAUCCGGGUUCUGGUAUAGUUUCUCCAACUGUAUUUAGUUGUGUAUUUAUUAUUUCCACUAUUAAUGUAUAUUUGUAUAUUCACCGUUUCCUGUAUGAAAAAAUUAGCCUUUUUACGAAUUA